UAUUACGAAAAGGAUUUUUUGGAGUUGAGAAGAAAAUAAAAGGAAAUUUGGAGUUAAAGAAAAACAAAUGGAAACUUGGGCUCUAAAUUGAAAGGGAACGUAAAAUUUUGUGGAAGGUGGUAAAAUUUGAUAAGUUUAAAAGGCAAGCCAAAGGCAAAGACGAGAGAGUCUUGUUUAAAAGCCAAGUAGUACCAACCGUACAGUCAUCUUCAUUGCCUUUUUUUCUGCCGCCAAAUCUCCACAAAGCUCUUCUUCUCUCCUUCCAUGGCGGAUUUCUACUAGCUACAACCAAAACGAUAACCUCCGGUGACUUUCGAAUAAUGCCUUCCGUUCAAAUCCGUUCUUCGCCGGUGACGGUUACCGAUCUCAAGCAGCGAGUCAUCGCCUGUCUCAACCGACUCUCCGAUCGCGAUACUCUGUCUCUCGCCGCCGCAGAGCUUGAAUCAAUCGCUCUUAACCUCUCACCGGAGACUUUCUCUCUGUUUAUAAAUUGUCUCCAGAACACAGACUCUUCGGCGAAAUCUCCGGUUAGGAAACACUGCGUUUCCCUCCUCUCCGUCCUCUCUCGUUCCCAUGGCGAUUCCCUCGCUCCUCACCUCUCCAAAAUGGUCACCACCAUACUCCGCCGUCUCCGCGACCCUGACUCCUCCGUCCGCGCCGCUUGCACCGCCGCUUCCGUCGAUAUGACAACCAGCAUCACCGGAUCGCCAUUCUCUACCCUCUCCGGACCAUUGAUCGAAACCCUAAUCCACGAUUGCGAUCCCAACGCGCAGAUCGGCGCCGCCGUGUGCCUCGCGGCGGCGAUUGACGCGGCUGAGGAGCCUGACGUUGAGCAGUUGCAGAAAGCGCUGCCGAAAAUCGGGAAACUUCUUAAAUCGGAAGGAUUCAAGGCGAAACCGGAGCUUCUCGGAGCCAUAGGGAGCGUGAUCGGAGCCGUCGGCGGAAGAAACAGCGACAAGGCGGUGCUUGAUUGGCUUUUACCGAACGUUUUGGAGUUUCUAAGCAGCGAUGAUUGGCAUGCGAGGAAAGCUGCUGCGGAGGCGAUGGCUAGAGUUGCUAUGGCGGAACAAGAGUUAGCUCCGUUGUAUAAGAAGGCAUGUGUAGGUAUCAUGGAGAGCAGAAGAUUUGAUAAGGUUAAGCUUGUUAGGGAGACGAUGAAUCGUACGUUGAGUUUAUGGAAGCAACUUGAAGGUGAUGAUUCUACAGAGAUCUCAGAGUCUUCUUCUUCCUCCAAAUCAGCUUCUUCUGGUUCAUCUGCGACUUCAAGGCAAAGAAGCAAUACAUUGAAAGGCAAAGACAAGAAUAUAAAAGCACCAAUAAGCUCAAAGCUGAAUGAUGUUGAAGAGAAGCGGAACCAUUCAACAUUGGGAGCUAAAAGGGUUCUCUUCCCAGCAAAGCCAAAGCCAAAGCCGCGUGAUGCUCAGAGUAGUGACGAAGAGAAUCUUGAAGCAAGAAGUUCUUCUUCACAGAGGAAGAAUGCAGAAGAGUUGUCUUUGAUAAGAAACCAAAUUAGUCUUAUUGAAAAGCAACAGUCUAAUCUGUUUGAUCUCUUUCAAAGGUUGAUGGAGAGCUCGCAGAACGGGAUGCAGUCUCUGGAGAGACGAGUGCGUGGUCUUGAGACGAACCUAAGCGUAAUCUCCACUGAUUUGAUAGUCACUCGCACCAUAACACAACAGAAUGGAGGAAACCACAAACGAAACGCCUGUCUACAGAACUGAAAUGCUGAUUAUACCUGACCACAACACCUUCAAUGUUUUAGCUUGUGAAGAAGAAUGAGUUUUCAUUGCUUUUCAUGGCU